AUGAGUGCCUGCGUCGCCUGCCAGAACCCGCUGCUGCUCGAGCUGGACGAGUCGGACGACGAGCACGAUGUCUGCAUAGGAGGGAGCUCAAGCAGCGCCGCCGCGCCAAAAACGGUCCCGGACGACGUGCAUCUGAAUUGCGGCUGCCAUUUUCACUGGUACUGCCUCCUGGACGCCUACACCGUCCCCGAAUGCUCCAACUGCUCUGCCAACCUCUGCUCCGUCGCCCCCGACGGCGGCCAGCAGGUCCUCUGCCACAUCAACAACGAGGGCGGCCAGCAGGAGAACGUCGACAUCUUGCCGCUGCUCAGCGAGGAGGGCUACCUCAAAGCCAACCCGGAGGAGCGCAAAUGCCGGGCAUUCCUCGAGUUCUGCCGCGAGGGCGAUGUCGGUGCUGUGGUCGCCAUGCUCCAGGAUGAUGAUGAUGAUGAAGAUGAAGAUGACGACGACGACGACGAACACGAACACGACCAGCACAUGCACGAGCGCCGUGAGAUCGAUGUCCUCAGAUAUCAGGAUCCGAUCGGCGACAUGCAAUCGGGUCUGCACGCUGCCGUUGCCGGUGCCAGUCGCGAAGCCGCCUGGCUGCUCCUCCUGCUGGCCUCGAAUCUCGACCUCUCGGAGUUCCCUGCCCAAGUCUUCCAGGAAGCCGAGGCCCUGGGAAUCAUGAGGGGAGAUCAAACGGGCAAGGCCGACAUCAGGACCCUGAGGGACGCGUCAGGAAUGACCGCCGCGGACCUGGCCCAUGAGAUGGGGGGUGUCUGGGUGGGGUGGCCGCAGAGGCUCUCAGUCUGA